AUGAAGGAAUAUGAAAACUUAGAAUUUCUAAAAAAGAAAUUUAGCCCAUUACUUUAUAUAUUUAGAAAAGAUGAUGAAAACGAAAUAAAAAAAUAUUUAAAGAAAUGUACAUUUGCAGCUAUUAUAAAAAAGUAUAAAAGUUCUUGUUCAUCAAAUGAAUAUGAAAACACAAUGAAACCUAGACCUAGUAUUUUUAUGAAGAAUUUAUUUCCUAACUAUUUUGAAAAUCCUACUCAUGUUUUCAAUAAAUUUUAUGGCAAUGAUAUUUCAGAGAAAGGGAAAUUUCUUAGUACAAAAGAUGCACAAAGGAAUAGUGAGGUAAUGACUUACAGUCAUAACAGUAUAUUAAAUAAAAAUAUUUUAAAUUCGAAAUAUUUCCCCCAUAUUUUAAAUAAUAAUGUUGUACGGUGUGCAGAAGAUGAAGAUUUAGACUUGGAUGAAUUGGAAAAGGAAUACAUCGUAGUUAAAAAAGUCUACAGUUUCGUUCAAGAGGGCCCUAGCUUUUAUAUGUAUAUUUAUUAG